UACGUUGAUUCAGUUUUGUUGUGUUGCACAUUGUGUUGUGAAUUUUUAAAGUAAGGUACCUAGUGCAGUGCGAUUAAAACAUCGUGUUUGAUUGUUUUAUUAAAAUAUUAUUAAGAUGAACUUUGUUUAUAUAUUGUUUUAUUCAAAAUUUAUUGUUAUGGUCGAUUAUAUUUAAGGCCGAACAUACUGACUAUAAAGGUCCUUACUUUUAAAUUGUUUUUGAAAGACAUUCCCACAAUGAAAUUAUAAAAUUCCAUAUUUUGUGAUAUAACAUUUUAUAUUUAAUAUUUAACUUUAAAAUGACUAUAACAUACACCGGUGAUGUCGCAACUUGUCGGGGGUUCGGGACAUUUCUAAAAGUAUUGUACAGAUGGCGUGGAAGCAUAUACAAAUUAGUAUGGCUGGAUCUUCUAAUUUUCCUACUCUUAUAUUAUACUUUAAGCUUAACAUACCGUCUUUUGUUAGACCCAGAGUCUAAAAGAAUAUUCGAAGGUGUGGUAAACUACUGCAGUUUCCACGGCAAUGUAAUUCCGCUGUCGUUUGUGUUGGGUUUCUAUGUCACGGUAGUCAUGAAUCGAUGGUGGGGGCAGUAUACCACCAUACCAUGGCCGGACUCCAUUGCCGUGUUUGUGUCUGCAAGUAUUCACGGGCAGGACGAACGCGGUCGACUAAUGAGACGCACGAUCGUGCGUUACGUGUGCCUUUGCCUAACCAUGGUGCUAACUAUGAUCUCGCCUCGAGUCAAAAAGAGAUUUCCUACACUAAACAAUUUAGUGGACGCGGGUCUUUUACUUGACAACGAAAAGACCAUCCUUGAAAAUCUCAACGAUAAGUUUCCGAAACCAUCAAAACACUGGUUGCCAAUAGUAUGGGCGACUAGUAUAGUGACGAGGGCCCGCAAAGAGGGUCGAAUAAGAGAUGACUUUGCAGUCAAAACUAUUAUAGACGAACUGAACAAGUUCAGAGGGCAGGCAGGCCUCUUGCUCAGCUACGACACGAUUAGCGUGCCACUUGUAUAUACUCAGGUAGUUACCAUAGCAGUUUACUCAUAUUUUAUAACUUCUGCUUUGGGCAGUCAGUGGGUGGACAAUAAAUUGGAAUCUCAUUCCAGUACCAAUAUCAGUAAUAUAGAUCUAUAUUUUCCAAUAUUUAACACCUUAGAAUUCUUCUUCUACAUGGGCUGGUUGAAAGUGGCGGAGUCCUUGAUAAACCCGUUCGGAGAAGACGACGAUGACUUUGAAGUCAACUGGUUGAUUGACAGAGAUUUACAGGUGUCGUACAUGAUCGUGGACGAGAUGCACCACGAGCACCCCGAGCUGAUCCGGGACCAGUACUGGGACGAGGUGUUCCCGUCGGAACUGCCCUACACGAUCGCGACGGAGAACCAACGCGAGGAACACCCGGAACCGUCGACGUCCCGCGUGUCGGUCCCGGUCCGACAACGCAGCAUGGUCACCGUGGCGCCCUCCGCGCUCAAGAUCGACGAAAUGGUACCCUCCAACACCGUGAGUUACAAGUUCGCCCCGCCAGAGCAACUUCAAAUGAACGACGACGCGCAAUCGGGUAUACACUUUAUAGUGUCUCGAGGCAGCAAGCGAGGCAAGAAGGAAGACAGAAACUCCAUGGGCAUGGGGUCUUCCAACUCCAUGGUGUCGCUGCAGCAAACACCCAUGACGCGCAACAAUUCCGUCACGUCCAUGCUCAAGAGACUGUUCUCCAAGGAAGACCAGAGAACAGGCACUACUCCCCCGGUGGCCUCACAAACAGAUGGUGGAACUCGUUUCACGAUAUCUGCAAGUAAUGCUUCGCUGAACAAGCCCACCACGGCUGGCGGCGGCAGCAUGAAGAUAGCCAACGAGGUGAUUGAAGAAGUGGACGAGCAAGCCACCAUCACAAGCAUGGGGAAACGACCUGAGAACAGACCAACAGCGAUGAGUUUGUUCUCUCCACCGGCCCCGAGUGAACCCGUAGAUGUUCCAUCCAAAAUCGCUAAUCAUACCACAACAGACCACCGGCUGUCGUCGUCGGCGCCGAGCGCGUGGUCGCGGGCGCCCGUGGGCGACACCAGCCCGGCCGUGCAGUCGCUCAACACUCACAACUCCUUCGCCUCCAUCACCGACGCGCGCCCGCGACUCGACAGCGACGUCGGCGCCUCGCUCAGCGCCGCCGGCAGCCAGACCUUAUUGGACGAGGUGGACGGCGCGGGCGAGACGGACGCGGACGACUUCGAACGCCUGCGCAGCAUCCGCGACGCGCGCCGCCGCGACAAGUACCUGCAGAAACUUAUGGCGCGAUCCAUCAGCGCGCAACAGACAACUGGCAGCAAUGAGCUGAUCGACAAUGAUUUAUUAUUGGAAGAAUUAUUGACACAAUCUGCUAUAAAUCAAAAGAAUGAGAAGAAUGCCAGAAAUGACUCCAAAGAUCAAGAUGCUACUUGACACAGUAGUUUCAUUUUCCAGUGGGAUUAAUAGACAUUAGCGCAAUUCAGUAUUAAAAAUAAUUGUGAUACUUAAUUUUAUUUAA